AUGAUAUUCUGUAUAUGUAUGUUAAACCUUUAACAUUAUUUGGUAGAUUUCCAAGUUCCAUAGAUUAUUGCUUAGUGAAUAAUACUAUUGUCUUGUUAUUUACAUUAUAUUUUCUAAGUGAUUGAUACUCAAUAAGUGUACUGUGAUAAGAUAUACUAUUUAUUUAUUUUAACAUGCAACGCGAAGAGAAACAACUUGAAGCUACUUUGCAUGCAAUAUUAAACCGAGUAAACGAUUUGAAAACCGCUAUCCAAGCACUAAUAACAAAAUUAGAAACAGAAUAUGAAACAAUUAACUGGCCUACAUUCUUGGAUAAUUAUGCUAUUUUAUCAGGCCAUUUAACAGGUUUAAGUAAAAUACUUCAAGCUGAAUUGGCGCCUUCAUUGCGUUCUGUGGUUGUUCUACCCUUACAAUUGGGUUGUGAGAGGGAUGAAGAACUAGCUCGACUUAGUGAAGGCAGAGUGCCAGCUUGCACUCACGAUCUAGUGCCGGAUUUGUUAAGAACUAAGCCUGAACCACAAGCUGAACAACGUCUUCAGCAGCUAAAUCAUAAAGCAAACACUCUUAGCUAUGACACUGCACAGAAGCAAGUAGCUCAGUUUACCAAGGUUGUGAGUCAUGUGUGGGAGAUAAUCUCAAAGGGCCGAGAAGACUGGGAAGGAGAAUCUAUGAGAUCUGCAGGCAUGCAACCAACACACAGUAUCGCUGACACACAUGCACUUGUAACAGCUGUUGGUACUGGUAAAGGCCUGAGACCUGGUAUGCCUCCAAUGGUACCUCAGGGAGUGCCACCAGGCAUGGGUCCAGCCCGUGGGCCCACUCCACAGAUGGGUCCCGCUCAACCGACGAUGCCAAAAGCUCCAUCGGCUAUUAAAACUAACAUCAAAGCCGCCAACCAAAUACACCCUUAUCAACGAUAACUUAAAAGUACAAAUAAAACAUUAUUUUCA